AUGGUACGAAGCGAGGCAGUUGCGGCUACAGUCAAGUCGCUCAACUCAAACACCACCUCAUCCACGCCGAACGCAUCGUCCACCGAAGACGCAGCCCUGGACAUCCGCUGCAGCGGCGAACACUUCGGCUUCAACCCCAACAUCAUCGACUGCGAAUCCGCAAAGGAACACGUCACGCCCGACUCGGUGCAAUACACAUGGGGCAACCGUCAUACCGGGCUGGAAGCAAUAGUGUUUCCGCUUCCGUUUCGGAUCAUGGGAGACCGCGCCCUCUGCUUCUUCCAAGCCACCCUCGUCUCCGACGACGCCCGCACCGCCCUCGCCAGCCUCGGCCAGAUCCGACGCGCCGCCAGCGCUCUGAUCCUGCAGUGCGCGGCGGGCGGCGAGUCGCGGGGCGGCGUCGCCCGCAACAUCGGCGGCGACAACAACCUCGCCGUCGUCCUCGGCAUCUACGAGCCCAAGGUGCGCUGCCGCGGCGCCUUCGGCCCGGAAUGGACGUCUUGCCGCGACGUGCUGGGCGACAUGCCGGCCGGGGUGGCGCGGCUGAUAUUCGGCCCCCGGAGCGCGCCCGAGACGCAGCAGGGGUUGCCCAUGUAUAUCGAUUCGUCGGACGACAAAUGCGUCGUUCAGAUCUUCUCGACCGGUCCAUCCGACAUCAGCACGUGGUAUCGCAUGUGGGAGGCCGUGACGGCCGUGUUCAGCGUGUGCGUGCGGGCUGGACGGGGAGGGGUUUACACGGGACUUGGAGAUCUCGGCAACAUAUUCCUGACCAUGAGCUCGGCAGCAGCGGCGGCGGCAGGGAUCGAAUCGUUGCCUGGGAAUGCGUCUUCACUGGAGGCCACGGCAUAG